AUGGACCUCUCGAGCAACCUAGAUUUACAUCGGAUCGUCUUCGUCCAGGUCGGCCUCUCAACCCUCGCCUCCGUCUCCGUCUCGCCCUCCUAUAACCUCCCUAUCCAUCUCUACGGCCUCUACAACAUCGACAAUGAGGUCGACAAUCCAACUCCCGGUGUCCUCGAAGGCUUACGUCAAUACUGCAUCCUGCUUGUCCUGACGGCCGUGCUGGAUUUAUUCUGGAUGUACAACUGGUCCAGUUCGACGUCCGGGAUCCCGUUCAUGCUGAUUCUGAUAGGUCUGAUUAUCAAGCCGAUCAGUCUCUUGACCUGUCUCAACCAACUCAACCGGAACGGCCAAGGCUUGGGCUCCUUCUCUUCCCAGUUCACCGGUAGUCGUCAGCCGGCCUUCCACGGCUUGAACCAGACCGUCGGCGGUGGCGGCGGCGGCGGACUUCAUCGUGAAACUCCGGCGUGGGCUCCUUCACACUCCACUGCGCCCUUCCGACGUGCUGAAAACGCCCCUCCUCCCGGCCCCUCCUCGGUCUCCCACCAAGCCAGCGCCGCACACGAGUUCGCACUCGACGAUAAUGCGGAUGCCCAGAACCUUUCCGACCACGAGGUCCGCAAGGCCAAGAGGGAGCUCGACCUUCGCAUCGCUCAAAAGAAGCAACAGAUCCAACAGCAGCAGCAACAACAACAACAACAGCAGCAACAGCAGCAGCAGCAGCAACAACAAGUCAUGCCUCCUAAUCCUCCUCAGUCUUCAGGCCCUCCUCCAGGUCAACCUGUCGAUGGAAGUGGUUACCACACUCUCGAAUGA